GCAAAGCUCAGAGUAAUGGCGUCUGUUCGAGACAGGCUCACUAGACUAUCAAAAUGAAGCGCCGGAGGGUGUAUUUAUGAUAGCAAAAGGCUUGUAGAAGGGUUUGUGGGUGCGGGAUUGGAGUGAGAGGCAGCAGAGUUGACAGUAGUUGAGAUCUUUCAUCUGUCCAGAGCGAUGAUCAAGCUGAAGUCUAACCAGACUCGCACGUAUGACAGAGAUGGCUAUAAAAAGCGCGCGGCCUGCUUGUGCUUCAGGAGCGAGCGCGAGGAGGAGGUGUUGUUGGUGAGCAGCAGCAGUCAUCCUGAUAGAUGGAUUGUUCCUGGAGGUGGGAUGGAGCCAGAGGAAGAGCCCAGUGUCGCUGCUGUCAGGGAAGUGUGUGAAGAGGCAGGAGUUAAAGGCACGUUAGGAAGACUGGUAGGCAUUUUUGAGAACAGAGAUCGAAAGCACAGAACAUAUGUCUAUGUUCUCAUCGUAACUGAAGUGCUGGAAGACUGGGAAGAUUCAGUAAAUAUCGGUAGGAAGAGGGAAUGGUUUAAGACAGAAGAUGCUCGGCGUGUGCUGCAGUGUCAUAAACCUGUGCAAGCGUCUUACUUUGAAGCUCUUCAGCAGGACUGUAUGAGCAGUAACGGCACUUAUAACAUCAAUCAAAACUCUCUGUCCAGUAUCAGAUAACUACAACAAACACAGAAACAUCGAAACAUUUCUCAACGUUUUUCUACCUUUUCUUACUGACCGAACUCCUGCAACCACUAUCGGCACAAUUUUUUAUUUCAGCACUUAAAUGGCAGCAUGUUAGGAUGAAAGAAAACAGCCUUACUAACCUUUUUAGUGUUCAGAUGGAAAAUAUACACUUGAUGUUUGAGAUAUAAAAGAUCAGAAGACUGUUUCUUAAAUGUUUUCAUUUUUCACGAAUCAUUGCAUGUUAUUACUAUUGUGUCUUGAAAUAAUAGGAGGUGUUUAAAGAGAAAACUGUCGGAAGUGUUUGGAAUGAUAUUGUGGUAAUGUUUGGCCCUUUCAUUCUGCAGUGUUUUGCGGUUUAUAUGCCCGAGUUGGUUGAAUUUUUGCAUGAGCACGUCUUAUUAAUGAUCUUAAAAUACAGGGGAGUCUUAGAUUUACGUGAUUUAAACUAAAGCUAAUGUCAAUGUUUGCUUGGCAACAGCAAUGGAUGGGGCCAUUCGAUUAAUAUUAAUCUUUGUUUAGUGCUGUGCGUGGUGUUAUUGCAUAUCGAUGAUCAUUAUUUUUGAAACCUUCCAACAACACAAAGGUCUUCACCUUUUACCAAAAACUGUUCAAAUCUGUUAAGCCAGUCUUAAAAUCUUUCUCAAAAUGCAGCUACUAUCUGAUUAGUUUUCAAGAACUCAAUUGUCAUUAAUCAUCCAGGUCUUAAUUUAUCAUGGAAAUUGAUGGGUAGUGAAUUAUAGUAAUGUAUUUGGUGUAGUGGAGUUUCUGGGCCUUUAAUACCAAAUGGUGAAAAAGGUAAAGUGGCUUAAUAGCAUGCUGGUCAGUCCAGUGUACCGAGUGUACUUGUUUUCUUGCGGUACCAGGUUUAUGGUUUUUAAGACGUAAUGGAGAAAUGUUUUGAAAGGAUAUUUUGAUGACCGUCAUUGGUUUAGUUGUACACAUGAUCUUCUCAGCUGCUGUCGAUGUUUGAGUGUAUGGAGUUAUGACUAACAUAUUUGAAUUCUAGACAAUUAACAAGUAGAAUGCAAAUGAACAAAAUUGGGAUUCAAAUACUUACCUCCAUAAUAUCAUUUUUUUUUUACCCUGCAAGGUUUUACGUCAGUAUGCACAGAACAAUAUACACAAGUUAUUUCCGUUUUGAUCAUGUCAGUUGAUCAUCUGUCCACUCAUAGAUUACAAGCAUAGGUUUUGUGUGUGUGUUUCUGUGUAUGUUUGGAAGUAAUGUGAAAAGUCAAAAGACAUGAUGCCAAGGUUAGCUGCCUAAUAAAUGGCCUCUCACAUAAGAGGCUGUAUUUCAUUUAAAAUGUUUACAAUGUGAUUGUAGUUUCUCUUCAGACACUGGAUAUUCUCUGACCUCUUCUCACUUGUUAUCAGUGACUGUUAAUAAUAAUGGUGUCAUUUUGAUUUUCUUUGGCACUUUUGUAGAUCUCAGUUCAUUUAUGAAAAAUGUUGCAUAUGAUGUACACAUGAUUUUCACAAACAUACACUUCAGACAAAAAUGCUGUAAUUUUGAGGUUUUAAAUCAGAAUCUUAAUCUUAUCAGUAUUUACAAAUGUUUUAAAUCAGAUAGCUCAAUUGAUCAUUUGAUGUGGAUAAUUUCUAAAAUCCGCUCCAAGUAUAUUUGUUGGCUUGGUUUAAUAAUAUAAAAAAAUUUAUUUUGUUUUCUAGUGGUUUAGUAAGCUAAAUAAACCCAGUCUCAUGUGUAUGUAUAUAAACCAAUAUGUUUCUCAGUAAUUACCUUAAAGCUUGUGGCACAACAAUAUUAAAAUGAACAAAUAUUCAGUUGAUUCAUUAUUAGAUCAUAUGGUUUAUCAUUACAAUCAUUAUUAGUGUAAUAUGUUCAAACAAUGAUCAAAACACUCAGUAUCAUUUUUGUGGCAGUUAAAUAUACUAAAUUAAUUUAGAGUUUACAAAUUGUAAAUGUAGCAUUAUUGGAAGAUAAUUGAUUUUGUUGCAGAAAGAAUUUUGUUUUACAAUAUUCAAAAUAUGGGGAUUCACACAAAGGAAAAUUAGAUUCAAGAUUGUAUAACGGUUGUGUCCACAAUUUAAUAAAACAUAUCAACAAACAAAAAUGCUGUUGCACAUCAUUUAACAGGUGCCAUUGUUCUCAAUUCAGUUCAAAUCAAUUGCUAAUUUUCCAUCAGAGCAGUAGUUAUACACUCACUGAUCACUUUAUUAGGUACACCUGUUCAUCUACUUAUUCAUGCGAUUAUCUAAUCAGCCAAUCGUGUGGCAGCAGUGUAAUGUAUAAAAUCAUUCUGAUACGGGUCAGGAGCUUUAGUGAAUGUUCACAUCAACCAUCAGAAUGGGGAAAAAUGUGUUCUCCGUGUUCUCGACCGUGGCAUCAUUGUUGGUGCCAGAUGGGCUGGUUUGAGUAUUUCUGUAACUGCUGAUCUCCUGGGAUUUUCACACACAACAGUCUCUAGAAUUUACUCAGAAUGGUGCCAAACACAAAAAAACAUCCAGUGAGCGGCAGUUCUGUGGAUGGAAACGCCUUGUUGAUGAGAGAGAUCAGAGAAUGGUCAGACUGGUUUGAACUGACAAAGUCUACAAUAACUCAGAUAAACACUCUGUACAAUUGUGAUGAGAAGAAUAACAUGUCAAACCUUGAGGCGGAUGGGCUACAAGAGCAGAAGACCACGUCAGGCACUUAAGACCACAAUGUUCCUAAUACAGUGUUCAGUGAGUGUAUAUUAACAAUUUGUAACAAGGCAAAAUAGAAUAUAGAAGGCUUAAGCAGUUCAACAAGGUAACUAGCUUUGGAGGCUUCCUAUAAUGAGCAGGGUGGGCAAAAUUAAGAAUUUCAGAAUUGGCUCCUUUGCACAGACUGUGAUGAUGUGUUGUAUUUAGUCAUAUAUAUUUAGCAACGUAAACUUUUUUAAUGUAUUAUUAUUUAGUGUAAAUAUAUAACAUGCUAUAGAAGUUUACCCUGUAAUAGUUUCUGCAUUUAAAACCCUGGAAAUGUGAAAAAUCUAUUGAAAUGAUUGAAAUUAAGCUGACAUGAUUUAAAAUCAUUGUAA